UUCUUGUACGAGAUUAAUUAAUCUUGUGAAUUUCCUUGUUUACUACUAAAAGGUUACGUUUGGAAACGUGUUGGACGCUCCAAAUUCUGCAACUUCUUCUUUUUCACAAGUAAUUCUGAAUUUUUCAUUUUGCUUAUUUUGUGAAAAAAGUAGAUUAAUUUUACCAGUAUAUAAUCAAGUAUUGGCCCCGUUGCUCUUAUGCACAAGUGAGUUCUCUCGUAUUUUGGAUCAAUUGUCCACCAUUUGAGGUUCUUUAUACAGAGAAAGAUGGUGAAGAUCUGUUGUAUUGGAGCUGGAUACGUUGGUGGUCCGACAAUGGCGGUCAUUGCCCUCAAAUGCCCGUCCGUCGAAGUGGCAGUAGUCGAUAUAUCUGUUGCUCGUAUCACUGCCUGGAACAGCGACGUGCUACCGAUAUACGAGCCGGGUCUUGACGAAGUCGUGAAGCAACGUAGAGGGAAGAAUCUUUUCUUCAGCACCGACGUUGAAAAGCACGUCUCAGAAGCCGACAUAAUCUUCGUUUCGGUGAACACUCCGACGAAAACUCGAGGCUUGGGUGCCGGAAAAGCCGCUGACCUUACUUACUGGGAGAGUGCGGCUCGGAUGAUUGCCGAUGUAUCCAAGUCCGACAAGAUCGUGGUCGAGAAGUCGACUGUUCCUGUGAAAACAGCCGAGGCAAUCGAAAGAAUUUUAACGCACAAUAGCAAGGGGAUCAAGUAUCAAAUUCUUUCGAAUCCGGAGUUUCUUGCUGAGGGGACUGCAAUUGAGGACCUUUUCAACCCCGACCGUGUUCUCAUUGGAGGACGAGAGACCACGGAAGGACAAGAGGCAAUCAAAGCCCUGAAAGCGGUUUACGCUCAUUGGGUGCCGGAAGAAAGGAUCAUUUGCACCAAUCUCUGGUCAGCCGAGCUUUCGAAGCUUGCUGCCAAUGCAUUCUUGGCUCAGAGAAUCUCCUCUGUUAACGCAAUGUCGGCACUUUGUGAAGCAACCGGGGCUGAUGUUUCCCAAGUGUCCCACGCAGUCGGUAAGGACACGAGAAUCGGGCCAAAGUUCCUCAAUGCGAGUGUUGGCUUUGGCGGUUCAUGCUUCCAAAAGGACAUUCUCAACUUGGUUUACAUUUGCGAGUGCAAUGGCUUAACCGAAGUGGCCAACUACUGGAAACAAGUUAUCAAGGUGAACGAUUACCAGAAGAACCGAUUUGUCAACCGCAUUGUUUCGUCAAUGUUUAACACAGUUUCAGGAAAGAAGAUUGCGGUUCUCGGAUUUGCUUUCAAGAAAGAUACAGGCGACACAAGAGAGACUCCAGCCAUUGACGUGUGCAACGGUCUUCUUGGGGACAAUGCACGCUUGAGCAUAUACGAUCCAGAGGUCACUGAAGAUCAGAUUAAGAGGGAUCUGUCGAUGAAAAAGUUCGACUGGGACCAUCCCUUUCACCUCCAGCCGAUGAGUCCUACCUCAACGAAGCAAGUGAACGUCGUUUGGGAUGCUUAUGAGGCAGCUAAGGAUGCGCAUGGUCUUUGCAUUAUCACUGAGUGGGAUGAAUUCAAAAAGCUCGACUACAAAAAGAUUUUCGACAGCAUGCAGAAGCCUGCGUUCGUGUUUGAUGGUAGGAACAUUGUGAAUGCCGAGAAGCUUAGAGAGAUUGGAUUUAUCGUGUACUCCAUUGGGAAACCACUCGAUCCAUGGCUCAAGGACAUGCCUGCUGUGGCUUAAAACAAACUACUACUCGUAAAAUUCAAUUAUUCUUCCCCUCAUUAUGGGUGCCAAUUUCUUGGCUUAUGAUUAUGCAUUUCUAUUUACUCUUUUUAUGGUGUGAAACUUCAACCUCUGAUAUUUUUAUAAUAUGCUUUUGUGGUACAAUUCUUGAUGA